UUUUAUUGAAAGAUUUGACUGGAAGACGCUUCAGUUUUAGAAAAUGUCUCACAAACAAUACAUCGCCAUUCUUGUUCUUUUGGCUAUGGUGGCAUUAGCCACAUCUCAAGGUUUUAGAAGUUUUGGCAAUAAGAAACAUCCAACCUUGGACCAUCAUUGUUACGAUGAAGAACAUAAACUGACUAUUAAAGUGAAUGACACCAUUUUCCCCACCGGUUUUGAAUAUCAAUGUUUCAAAAUGUUCUGUCGCGAUGAUUAUGUUCUAGACGUUAGUUACUGUCCUAGGGGUACUCCGACUUGUGGCAAGAAACCCGACUUCUCUAAACCAUUUCCAGAAUGUUGUAGCGCCUGUUAAAUUUUAGUAUAUUUAAGUGUUAAUACUUAAAGAUGGAAUAAUAAAACUUUUAAUCUAGUAACUCUAUAUGUACUAAAUAAACUACUAAAUUUUCCAUGAA